UUAAAAUGGCAAGUGCAGACAGUGAAGUGAAAACGUUACUGAACUUUGUAAACUUGGCAUCCAGUGACAUCAAAGCAGCUCUAGACAAAUCAGCCCCUUGCAGGCGCUCUGUGGACCACAGGAAAUACCUGCAGAAACAGCUCAAGCGUUUUUCUCAGAAAUACUCUCGGAUGCCCAGAUGCCACACACACAGGUCCGCGGAGUCUGGCAUCGUCAAAGCCCUGGUGGACAAGUCUAGCGCAUAUUCUUUGGAGACAAUUCACCAGAGCAUGACGCCCAUCAAUGAAAAAGGGGGUUCGGGUGCGCAAGACGAGAUGAACGUAAGGAUGGGUCAGAACCCAAUUGCAGACAGUGCUAACAGCAAGCAAGAUCAGGUACCCAUGAGGAAACGUCAACUCCCUGCAUCGUUUUGGGAGGAACCCCGGUUAGCCCAAACCAAUACAGAACCUUCACUGUAUGGAUGGAAAAAGAGCCAAGGUGUGACCCGAAUCAAUAGGGUUGAAAAAAAAAUCAAAAAUCACCAGGAACCAAAACCGACCUUGUUUCAAUCCAAUCGACUUGGCUCUAUCGAAAAAGAACCGCUCAACGUGGACUUGGUCUCUCACAACGUCAGUGUGUGCGGUUGCUGUCCGUUUCAGUACCAUGGACACCACGUCUUCCAGAGUCACAUAGUUGUUCCCCACUCAACUGUGGGACUCUGGGGAAAAGCCUCAGUGGCUGAAAUUGAAACGCCUGAUAUGGCACACGGACAUAAUAACCAAACGCAUGUCGUGGUCAAACCCAUACCGACUAAACCCACGGUCCCCUCAUCGAUUUUCAGCGUGUUUGGCUUCAUUUAAACACAAUUAUGCACGUAUAAAAAAAAAAUUUAAUACGCAAUUCUUCAUUUAAAUAAGCAACAAUGAAGAUGUAAAUAUGAAUUAGUUGACUUUGCAAUGCCAUAUGUUUUUAUUUAAAACUUGGUAUUUCUCUUUUUUUUAAGAGUACUCAGUCAUUGACCAAAUAGGCUAUUUCUGCUCAGAAGACCUGCAACGUUAGCCUACCUACCACUUGGCUUCCAUAUAAUCUAAGAGGAAUUCAUGAUAAAAUCAUAGCACUGUAUAAAACUGAAAA